UUGCUUCAAUUUCUUGAUUACUCGCAUUUUUUUUAACUUAUUUGUGUGUAAUUAAUGUUUUUUAUGUAAAGUUGGCGACACCUACAAAAAAGCGCGCGUUAGAUAACCUCAAUUUCUGGCAUAACCUCACAGUUUUUGUUUGGUUUUUUUUGCGAAAAUGCCUGAAAAUACCGAAAGACUGUCGUUAGAAUACGAGAAUUUGUCUCGGAAAUGGACUCAGUUGGUCCCCGACUUUAGUAAACAAUACUGUAAUAUUUAUUUGGCAAGGUUAAAAGAAAUGACUCCGUUACUGGAGGCCAACAUUGUGAAAAAAUGGGGUACAGAGUACCCCAUUUGUAAAUUACACAAAUUAUCGGAAGAGAACCACGGGAAAUGUGUUGUAAUUGGGACGUUAUUCAAGAAUCAGAAAUUGAAACCAUCGAUUUUGAAACAAUUAGCUGAGGAGGACCAAAUGGUGCCCCAACCCAUAGUGACUCAUUUUACGGACAAGUCUGACGAGCUUUUUAUCGAGGAUGAGUUACAGAGAUAUCUGAUUAUAAGUUGCAUUCCUUGUGAUUAUUUGGUGACGGGAAUUUCCUGUGCCCUUUUGGGGACGGCCGACGACAAGGGCCGCUUCAUCGUCGAAGACUACACUUUCGCCGACUUCCGGCCCCAAAUCCCGCGCCCCCUUGUCCCAGAUUCAGCUUUUGUGAUCUUCCUGAGCGGUCUGGACCUGAUAAACAGCCCCAAAUGCGAUUUAAACCUCCAACUUCUCACUUUCUGGCUUUCGGGUCUCUGCGACGUGGCCCCCUUUUCCGCCUCCAAAAUAACUCGUGUCAUUAUCGCCGGUAAUUCCAUUCGUAACACCUCGGAACAAGUCAAACCUUCAAUCUCACUGCUGUCUCGGCGCCCCGAAUCCUCCGAAGCCGUCGACGCGGUUAAAAUCCUCGACAAAUUUUUAUUCCAAUUGGGUCAAGUCAUCGACGUCGAUGUGAUGCCGGGGGAGAACGACCCCUCCAAUCGCAUCCUCCCCCAAAAACCCAUGCAUUAUUGCAUGUUCCCCCAGUCGGCGGUUUACAAGUCGGUAAAUCAGGUCUCUAACCCGUAUUUUUGCUCACUUGGGGGUGUGAGAGUUUUGGGGACGUCGGGACAGCCGGUGAGGGAUGUAAUGCGGUAUUGUGAGAUUACGGAUCCUUUGGAGGUUUUGGAGGAUUGUUUGAAGUGGGGGCAUUUAGCCCCCACGGCUCCUGAUACUUUGGGGUGUUUUCCGUUUUAUGAUUGCGAUCCGUUUAUUAUGGAGGAGUGUCCGCAUGUGUUUUUUGCGGGGAAUCAGGAAGAGUUUGGAGUGAGGGAGUGUACAGGGCCUGAUGGACAGAAGGUUACCUUGAUUAGUGUGCCAGAGUUUAGUAAGAGUUUGCAGGGUUGCAUUUUGAAUUUGAAGACGAUGGAGUGUAAUUCGAUAAGUUUUCAAACAUUGUAGAUUUUUUUAAUAAAUGUUUUGUGUAUUUAUAAAUCAAAAUAAAGGCAAUUAUUUUU